GAGCUUCGUUGCCAGUGACCAAUGGGAUGUCGAGCUACCUCAGCGAGCGCCGGGGCGACCAAUGCGGUGUCGAGUUACCUCAGCGGGUGCCUCAGAAGCGAGCCGGAGCCAUGGCGGGAGGCAGCGUGGUUCUUUUCGGCUUGGUGUUGUUGUCCCUGCGGGGCCUGGCGGAUAACGUCGCGGAGGAAGCCCCGCGGUACUUGUCGGAGGCGGAGCUGGAGGCCUCCCUGCGGCGCCUGGCGGAGGAGGAGGCUCCCCGAGGCCUGGCGCGGCUCUUCUCCAUCGGGCGCUCCUCCGAGGGCCGCGAGCUGUGGGUGCUGCGCCUCAGCGAGGGCCUGCCCGAGGGCGAGGCGGAAGGCGGCGGGCCGCCCAUGGCGGGCAGGCCGCAGGUCAAGCUGGUGGCCAACAUGCACGGCGACGAGGCCCUCGGCCGCGCUCUCCUCCUCCGCCUCGCCCGCCGCCUCGUCCGGGGCUUCCAGGAGGGCGAGCCCCGCGCCACGCGCCUCCUGGCCUCCACCGACCUCUUCCUCCUGCCCAGCCUCAACCCGGACGGCUUCUCCCGCGCCGAGCCGGGGCACUGCGACGACCAGGCCGGGCCAGGGAGGGACAACGCCCGCGGGAAGGACCUCAACCGCGCCUUCCCCGACCAGUUCGCCUCCCAGGAGCAGGAGCAGCAGCAGGGCCUCGACGACGUCCCCGAAGUGCGCGCCCUCAUCCACUGGAUGCAAAGGAACCGGUUUGUGCUUUCCGGGAACUUCCACGGGGGCACCGUCGUUGCCAGCUACCCCUUCGACGACUCCGCUCUGCACAAGAUCUCCGGCGUGUAUAGCAAAUCGGCCGACGACGAGGUUUUUAAAUAUUUGGCCAAAGCGUACGCAUCCAACCAUCCCAUCAUGAAGACCGGGACCCCAAACUGCCCAGGAGAUGAGGAGGAAACCUUCAAGGAUGGCAUCACCAAUGGCGCGCAGUGGUAUGAUGUUCAAGGAGGCAUGCAGGACUAUAACUACCUGUGGGCCAACUGCUUUGAGGUCACCUUCGAGCUCUCCUGCUGCAAAUACCCACCGGCUUCCCAGCUGGACCAGGAGUGGAGGAACAACGAGGAAUCCCUCCUCACCUUUAUUGAAAAAGUCCACAUUGGAGCCAAGGGCUUUGUGCGGGACGCCGUCACCGGAGCUGGCUUGGAAAAUGCCACCAUCGUGGUGGCCGGGAUAGCUCACAACGUCACCUCCGGGCAGUUUGGGGACUAUUACCGCCUGCUGGUGCCUGGGAUCUACAACAUCACCGCUGUCGUCCCAGGUUACACCCCGGUCACCAAAUGGGAUGUUGAAGUGAAGGAGGGGAACGCCACCACCGUGGACUUCUCCUUGCAGCCCACCGUGGUCCUGCCGCCCCCGGAGCCCACCCAGGCGGCCCUCGUGACGGCCACGGAGUCCGCCACCAACGCCACCAACGCCACGGAGCUCCCCACCCCUCCCCACCAGCUGAUCCAGCCGGAAGAUUUCCGCCACCACCAUUUCCCGGACAUGGGCAUCUUCCUGAGGAAAUACGCCACCGAAUAUCCCAACAUCGCCCGCCUCUACUCCGUGGGCAAGUCGGUGGAGCAGCGGGAGCUGUACGCCAUGGAGAUAUCGGACAACCCGGGCAUCCACGAACCAGGGGAGCCCGAGUUCAAGUACGUGGGGAACAUGCACGGCAACGAAGUGGUGGGCCGAGAGCUGCUCCUCAACCUCAUCGAGUUCCUUUGCCGGAACUACGGGACGGACCCCGAGGUCACCGACUUGGUCCAGAAGACCCGCAUCCAUAUCAUGCCCUCCAUGAACCCCGACGGCUACGAGAAAGCCCAUGAAGGAGACGCCUCGGGGGUCGUGGGCCGAAACAACAGCAACAACUACGACCUGAACCGCAACUUCCCCGACCAGUUUGUCAACAUCACGGACCCCCUGCAGCCGGAGACCAUUGCCGUCAUGAGCUGGCUGAAGAGCUACCCCUUUGUGCUGUCUGCCAACUUGCACGGAGGCUCCUUGGUUGUCAACUAUCCCUACGACGACGACCGGCAAGGAAUUGCCACGUACAGUCGCUCCCCGGAUGAUGCCAUCUUUCAACAAAUUGCUCUUUCCUACGCCAAGGAGAACGCGCAGAUGUCCCAGGGCCACCCGUGCGAAGAGAUGCUUCCCGACGAGUACUUUCCGCACGGCAUCACCAACGGAGCCCAUUGGUAUAACGUGCCAGGCGGCAUGCAGGACUGGAACUACCUGAACACCAAUUGCUUCGAAGUGACCAUCGAGCUGGGCUGCGUCAAGUACCCGAGGGCCAAGGACCUGCCGCGCUACUGGGAGCAGAACCGCCGGUCCCUGCUGCAGUUCAUCAAGCAGGUUCACACGGGCGUCCAAGGCUUCGUGCUGGAUGCCGUGGACGGGCGGGGCAUCCUCAACGCCACCCUCAGCGUCGCCGGCAUCGACCACCCGGUCGUCACCUAUAAGAGCGGGGACUAUUGGCGCCUCCUCACGCCGGGCACCCACAGCAUCACCGCCUCCGCCCGAGGGUACAAUUCCGAAAGCAAGACCGUAAUCAUUGGGGAUAACGGGGCCACGCAGCUGAACUUCACCCUGAGCCCCAAGGACGCCAAGGCGGAGGAGGGCAAGGCUCCGGACCUGAGCGUGGCCGGCGCUUUGGACGACCUCCGGAAGGAGUUUGAGACCCUGGUCAAGGACCUCUCGGCCGAGGGCGGCCUGGAGCGCCUGCUGCUCUCCUCCGCGGCCGACGUCCAGCCCUCGCGCUUCCGCCUCUACGACGACCGCUCCAUGUUCCUCCGCGGCCUCAACCUCAACUAUCCCCACAUCACCAACCUCUCCAGCUUGGGCCAGAGCCGCGAGUACCGCUACAUUUCCUCCCUGGAGAUCUCGGACCGGCCCAACCGAUCGGAGCCGGAGGAGCCCAAGAUCCGCUUCGUGGCCGGCCUCCACGGCAACGCCCCCGUGGGCACCGAGCUGCUCCUGGCCCUGGCCGAGUUCCUCUGCAUGAACUACAAGAAGAACGCCGCCGUCACAAAGCUGAUCGACAACACCCGGAUUGUGAUUGUGCCCUCGCUGAACCCCGACGGGCGAGAGGUUGCCCGGGAAGGGGACUGCGCCUCCAAGGUGGGCCUGACCAACGCCAACGGCAAAGACCUGGAUACGGAUUUCACAAGCAAUUCCUCUGCGUCCCGAGAGCCGGAAACCAAAGCCAUCAUGGAGAACCUGAUUCUGAAGGGGGAUUUCAGCCUCUCGGUCGCCUUGGACGGUGGCUCACUGCUCGCCACAUACCCUUACGACAAACCUGUGCAGACAGUGGAGUACAAGGAGACCUUGCGGCACUUGGCUUCGGUGUACGCCAACAACCAUCCCACGAUGCACCUGGGCCAGCCGGGCUGUCCCAAUAAAUCAGAUGAGAACAUUCCCGGCGGGGUGUUGCUGGGGGCCGAGUGGCACAGUCACCUGGGCAGCAUGAAGGACUUCAGCCUUUCCUACGGACAUUGCCCGGAGAUCACCGUCUACACCGGCUGCUGCUACUUCCCCGGCGCCGGGCAGCUCCACGCCCUUUGGUCCGAGAACAAGAAGUCCCUGCUCAGCAUGCUGGUCGAGGUCCACAAAGGAGUCUAUGGCUACGUGCAGGACAGGCACGGCCGGCCGGUGUCGAAAGCGCAAAUCGUCCUCAACGAGGGGGUGACGGUUCUGACCAAGGAAGGGGGCUAUUUCCACGUGCUGCUGGCCCCGGGCUACCACAAGAUCCACGCCGUGGCCGAAGGGUAUCAGCAGCAGCAGGUCCAGGUCUUGGUCCGUCCCGACGUGCCCAGCUUCCUGCACAUCCAGUUUGCCGUCGACAACAAGAUUUUGGGGCUCCCCAGGGAGUUGGUGGUCACCGUGGCAGGGGCCACGAUGACGGCCCUGGUGCUGACGGCCUGCAUCAUCUGGUGCGUCUGCUCCAUCAAGUCCAACCGGCACAAGGACGGCUUCCACCGGCUGCGGCAGCACCAGGACGACUACGAGGACGAGAUCCGCCUGAUGUCGGCGGGCUCCAAGAAGUCCCUGCUCAGCCACGAGUUCCAGGACGAGACGGACACCGAGGAGGAGACGCUCUACUCCAGCAAGCACUGACCCCGGGGUUGCUCCGGGGAGCACAACGUGGUUGCCCAACGUCGGGCGCUUCACCGGCGUGUCUCCUCCUCCGGCAACAUUUGCACGAACCCUUCUUGCCCCGAUUGGGGACGAAAGGACACGACGGGCCUUUCUGGGAGACUAUUUCCUGACCAAAACAAAGGAUUUUUCUCGCCGUUUCUCCGAAAAAUGACACGUGACACGGAUCUUGUCGUGGGCGCCGUUGGUUUCGGGGCUAACGUUUCACAAUAAUAAUGUUUCCGAGGAGCCUCCGUUCGGUGCCAAAGGAUGGUUUUGAGGCUCCGUUGCCUUGACAAAUAAAUACUUACACUACUUCGAUCCCAGAAAACACUUCGAUCCCGGAUCCUGGGAGUUGGAAAAUAAAACCUACAGCUUUCGUUGGGGGAUGCUGGGAGUUAUUACUCCCCUGAAACAAAUGAUAAACUUUGCUCCUUUUCCAGAAUUAUGUUUGUUUCUCCUGAUUUGGCAGUGACUGGCUUGUGUUACGAUGGCCUCUGUUUAGGGACAUUUACAAAGUGAUGGGAGUGGUAGUCUUCUUAAGGACGGAGACCCAAGAGUGAUGGGAGUGGUAGUCUCCUGAAUACGUUGUAUUACGUUGCCCAGCUUUGUUUGUUUUGGAUUGAGAUUCGAAGCAGCAACAGACGAGGUGGACAUGGGCUAUUUGUUGGACAUAAAUGAGAAUGAGAUCGGGAGAGAAAGGCCACGUGGUGGCAAGUGUGUGUUGUGCGUUGAGCCUCUUUUGUGUAGGAUUUUACUAAUACCACGGUGGCCAAGUGUAAUAAUAAUAAUAAUGGAAUACGAUCUGGCUUGGAGAUGUGGGACUUUGCUUGUUUGGUCCUCCUUAAAUGGAGGUCGGAAUAGUAAAAUGGGGCAGGACUAGAUGACCUUUGGGGUCCCCUUUCUAUUCCUAUUGGGAUAGGACUUGACUGGGAGCAUGGAGUGGAAUGGCCAUCUAUCGGUGUUGGCGCAAGAUCUGUUUUGCAAAAAAAUCUCAAUUUGCAAAAUUUAGCAUUCGUUCUCUCUCGGCUUCAGCUUCCGACAAUUGAUCUGACACGAGAAUGACGGUUUCAAUUCCCCCCACAAAUCCUUUAUUUACGUCUUGCUUCUCAACUUGCAUUUUCGUGUCUCCUGGGAAGUAGAAAUGUCUAUUUUUGUAAAGGGAACCAAGCCUUCUCUCUGGCGGCCGUCUUUCUUUUAUUUUAUGUUGGGGUCCGUGCCUUUUCCGAAGCCGCCGCCUCGCUCUGCGGCUCUCUUUCUGCCCAAACCGAGCGUGUUUGGCCUGUGUGUGUGUGUGUUUUUAACAUGUACACUGAGCUCUAAUCUGUAUAAAGCUAUUUUAUGAGGUCUUC